GUCCUCUGCUCAAACAGCUGUGAUUGAGACAGUGUGCGGUUGGGCUCUUCAGAGACACACGAGCGGGACAAAAUGGGAGUGGAAAUUGAGACCAUAACCCCCGGAGAUGGGAGGACUUUUCCCAAAAAAGGACAGACAUGUGUGGUGCAUUAUGUUGGCUCCCUGACAGAUGGACGGAAGUUUGACUCUUCCCGUGACCGUGACAAGCCAUUUAAGUUCAAGAUCGGUAAACAGGAAGUGAUUCGUGGCUGGGAAGAAGGUGUUGUGCAGAUGAGCGUUGGACAGCGUGCAAAGCUGACCUGUUCACCUGAUUUUGCCUAUGGUAAUAAAGGCCAUCCUGGGAUUAUCCCCCCAAACGCCACUCUCAUCUUUGAUGUGGAGCUUCUCAGUUUGGAGUGAUCUACUAGUGCUCUUCAUUGCCUUUUCUUCAUUUUUAAUUAUUUGAUAAAAGUUUCAAGUGCCAGAAGGUUUAGUGUUAACAUUGCAAACUUAAAUCAGGUUUAUAAUUUAUUUAUUCAGCAUCCCACCUUUAAAAUUUAGGGACAUUUUAAUAAAGACAUAUGGUACAUUUUAUAAUAGAGGCCUUGUUUCCACUUGGUAUUAACAUGUGUUUCAGUUAUUCAAUCACAAGUGUCAGAUGCAUUACUAUUUAUUCCUGCUAUUAUUAAGUGCAGAUACUCCUCUCAUGAUGAAAAGUAGCAAUUAGUGCAAUCUAUGAGUGCUAUUGAAUGAAUGAAGUCAUGCUAGUUGGUUAGUGUUCAUUCAAGUGUGUGUGUGUAUAAAAAAGGAUAUGGAAGCCAACUAUGAUUUUCGAUCUUAAUCCAAGGGUUUCUGUUAACACACUUAAAAAUGACAAUCACUCAUUUGUCAAAAAUCAGAAAGUAUGUGUUAUUUGUGGCAUGCAGUCGACUAAAAUUUCACAGGAAAGCAUAAUGCGAUCAAAUUGUGUUUUUGAGUACCUUCAAAAGUGUUUGAAACAUUUUAGACAUUAGUUACACCUGUACUGUACUGACAAUACAUUUUAAUACCAGGUUUAAACAGGACCAUAUUCCUCAGCCAUUAUUUGGUCACAUUACAUCACAAAUAAUUUUUCUAACUUUUAUUUCAAUUUAAAAUACUUUCUUUGCAAUUUGUACACAAUCAACCAAAUCGCCUAAAACCUUGCAACAGCUUAAAUCCUAAACUUGAAUCCUUAAAGGAGAUCUUUUUACAAUAAAGGGUCCCCAGUAGUUUGAGUUCAAAAUACAUCACAGAGCAUUUAUUAUAACAUGUAAAAACAAAACCACUUUUUUUGUGUGACUCUUUAAAUGCAAAUUAACUUCUGUUCCCUUUUCAGAAGUAGGUGAAGCCUUUACAGCCUCUGUAUUGGACCCCCUAAAGGCUAAACAUCUGUUUGGUUUUAUCAUGUAUAUUGCUCUCACUUGACAUUGCGAUUAUUCAUCAUUAUGAAAGUUUACUAUCUGCAUGCAUUUUAAAUUUCUAAAGUGUCAGUUUGAACACACAUUUGAGGUGCACGUAAACAGACAGAAAUCAUGUAUAUGUUAGAUCUAUGUAUUAAAAGGACAGUGUAAUAUACAAUGCCUACUUUAGUUUGAACUGUUAAUAUAAAUUAAACCACAAAACAGAAAAGCACUUGCUGUUCUUGACAGAAUAAUGUUAGUUGAUUAACAAGAAUAGGAUUCUGUGAUUAUUAAUGAUCUAUGAUGAUUGGGCAGAUCAUUAGCAGUAGUGGACUUGUGACGUCAUUGUAGGGGGAAAUCUGAAACAGCAUUUUUAGACAUCGCUUCUGAUUUAUUUUCACUAUUUAUACACACUGUGAACACAUCAGUGCAAUCAUCAUGUGAAUAGGAGUUUUGCAUAACAGGUCCCCUAAAAUGAACCGUUGGGGUGUCCAAACUCGGUCCUGAAGGGCCGGUCCUGGAGAGUUUAUCUUCAACCCUAAUCAAACACACCUGAACCAGCUAAUCAAGCUCUAUAUACUAGAAACGUCCUGGCAGGUGUGUUGAUACGUUCAAACUAGAGCUUGAGUGUGCUCCAGAGUUUGGACACCCCUUGUUUAAAUUGUAAUCUUUUGUGAUUUCACUCACUCUGUGAUUGAUGUUGGAUUGAGAGCAAGUAAUAAUGUGACUGUAGAAAAAUCAAAUAUCAAAGUCACCAUAUUAAACUGAAUUAGAACGUGAAAAAAAAAAUUGAUCUUAAGGAAGUUAACUUGGGGAAAUUUUAAUAUUUAUGUUUUACAUUGACAAUUAAUACAUUCGAUUAAUAAUUUCUACAUUUCAAAUCAAACAAGUACGCAAUUGUCAAUUUAGAAUUGCUUGGAUGGAACAGAUGGAUUUACACUGAUUUUGAUUGGUACAAAUUCUUGUACAGUUCUUGAAAAAUCCUUGUGCCUCUUUGUAUGUUUGACACCAGAAUACCACAGGUAUUUUUAAAUUUACAAAGUGACCAUAUGAACUGAAAAUGUGUCAUCAUAUCAUUUAAUCACUGUAUGAUAGACCAGCCUGAUAUGAAAAUUCAGAAGUGAUAAUCCUACUAUUUCUGUUCAUUUAUUUUUUUCUUUGCUGUAUUUUGCUAACAUGCAGCUCUUUGGAAAUGAUUUGAAUGUGUUUACAGUGCUUUCUGUGUGUAUGAUUAGGUUAUGUAGUUGAGUAGGUGGCACAUUUGGCACCAGAGCACUGGAUGCAUGCCAGUGCUUAAGGAUUUUGUGAUCAUGUUUCACUCACUAGUAUUGUUUCAUUAACUCCCAAUACAAUCAGUUAUUUACUAAUGUAAUACAUGGGCACUUGUGUUCUACUGAGCUGGAACAAUUUGUUCUCAGUGAUGGAAAAUGACUGAAAAAGAAAACUGGGGGUUGUGGCAGAUUGUGUCCUGUCAGACUACGUGCCAUUAAUAUAUUCUGAUGCUAAAUUUUUUGCAGCCAUCAGUUGUUAAUGUAGACCAUGCUGCCUAGAAAAUGUAGUUAAUUAGACUGGAUGACGAUACGGUGACAGUACACUUUUUUAUGUAUUGACAAAAAACUACAUAAUUGAGAUGAAAUCUGCAGGUGCAUAAACACUUGAGUGGAUGCUGUUGAUGUCUGUGAUUACAGGUCAAGCAUCAGAUAUAUUGCUUUAUUAGUUCUGUAAUGCACUGUAUUUAUGUAAUGUCAUAGAGACAAAAAAAAAACAAUAAAAUAAUUAAAUGUGCUAUGAAGUGAUUUUAUUUGUUUUGGA